GUGUUCCAGUUUUAAGCCGUUUAACAGGCUUAUAAAGAAGAGCACGAAAGAUCGCGUAAGAUCGCGUUCUGAUUCAUCCCAUCUUCUUUCCCAAAACGAGGCAAAGGUAUCUCUAUCUUUCUUCCUUCCUUCCUUCCUUCCUUCCACAACCAAUACUGAUACUGGUAACAAUACUCUCAACCAUCCUAGCAUGUCGACGUCUUCCAGCAGCCACAGUACCUCAGCUGUGGCCGUCACAGCUGCCGUGACAGGUUUGGUCGCGGUGACUGCCACUGCCUUGGUGACCCAUUAUGUGACAAAGCGAACCGAAAUGAAUAAGCACCAACAACGUCAGUAUGAGAGCUACCAACGCAAUAAGAUGAUCCGGGAAAAGACCAUGCAGAUCCGAAAAGAAGCAGGGGAACCUGCCUCAGGGGAGUUGAUUGAUGUCCGCAUCGAUCAGGUCUACUUGUGGGAAGUGGAAGACUUGAAAAAGAGAUUUCCUGGUACCAAACUGGAAAACAAAAUGAGAGUGUCGGACGCCCCGCUCAGGACGAGGAGUCCCAUGCUGCGAAAGGUAUCUGAUGGGACGAACGACACUGCCGAUGGCGAUGAUGGCACUCCUGCUGCUGGAAAGAGGGGAUCCUUUUCCACUGGCAAAGGAUUUCAGAUUACAGACUACAACAAGUUGAUUACCAAUCAUGAAUGUAUUUUGGGCAAAAUUAUUCGAAAGCCCAACAUGGCAGUUCACUCGGUGGCUUAUGUGCGAGCUGGACCUAGGCGACACCUGCACUUUGAUCCCCGUCAAGUCAAUGCUGCCAUUGUGACUUGUGGCGGACUCUGUCCUGGACUCAACAACUGCAUUCGAGAAAUCACCAAGACAUUGCAUCAGUUGUAUGGAAUUGGAGGCAAGGUUUAUGGAAUUCAGGCUGGAUAUCACGGAUUCUCUGCCACAGAGCCACACAUGCAACCUCUUGAAUUGACACCGGAAUUGGUGGAAGAUAUUCAUCACAGUGGAGGCACCGUUUUGGGGUCUUCGCGAGGAGGAUUUGAUUUGGAGGCUAUUCUGGCAUUUUUGAAGAAAUAUGAUGUCAACCAAUUGUACGUAAUUGGAGGUGAUGGAACCCAUCGAGGGGCCUUUCGCAUUCAUGAAGGAUGCAUGGAACAUGGCCUCAAUGUUGCAGUUGCUGGAAUUCCAAAGACUAUCGAUAAUGACAUUGACCACAUUGACCACACAUUUGGAUUUGCAAGUGCUGUGGAGGCUGCCCAAGUUGCCAUCCGGUCUGCCAAAACAGAAGCUGUCUGCAAUUUGCCCAAUGGCAUUGGCAUUGUGAAAUUAAUGGGACGCUCUGCUGGUUUCAUUGCAGCCCACGCCACCAUGGCAUCAGGGGAUGUGGAUCUUUGUUUGGUUCCAGAAGUGCCACUGGUGCUAGAAGGCAAGGAUGGAUGCUUGCCUCAUUUGUGGCGUCGUGUCAAGCAACAGGGCUAUGCCGUGGUGGUAGUUGCGGAAGGAGCUGGAGAAGAGUUGUUGGGAACCUCGGCCGAAACAGAUGCCAGCGGCAACAAGAAACUCCCCAAGAUUGGUGAAUUCAUGAAGAAGGAGGUGGAAGGGUACUUUAAAAAGAAGGGAGAAGUGGCCACGGUCAAGUACAUUGAUCCUUCCUACAUUGUGCGAUCUGUUCCGGCCAAUGCUGCGGAUUCCCUCUACUGUAUGCAACUGGGCCAAAAUGCCGUCCAUGGUGCCAUGGCAGGCUUUACAGGAUUCAGUGUGGGUCUUUGCAACAAUCGCAUGGUCUUUCUUCCCAUUCCACAGCUCGUAGCAACAUCGCCUCGAAACAUGAAUCCCAAGGGACGUACCUGGGAGCGAGUCCUGGCACUGACACGGCAACCCAAUACAGUGCCAGAGGAUGAGGAGGAAUAUGAGCAUACAGAGGCUACCUUGCGCUAGAUUUGUCUGUGAACGUCUUGCGUCACCUCGAGCCAACCUUCCAUGCGCCACAGCCGAAUAACUGUCUGAUAUCACGAUUGAACGAAGCAACAUCUUCGCUAGACUUCUGCUUAAAAAUUUAUUAGUUGAGAAAUUUUGAUUU